UAUACGGUGCCAGGCUUAGUUUAAAAUGAAAUACAAGUACAAUCCUUCAUGCAAGGAAUUACAUUCCAGUUUGAAAUUCCGAUCAAGGGAAUAUCUUUUGGAAAACACGUUGCAUGGUGUUCCAUAUUUUGUGGAUUCCACACGACCUAAGUGGGAAAGAUUAAUAUGGUUUCUCUUGACAUUUGUAUCGCUAUUAGCGAUCAUAGCUAUAAUCAUAAUCAUCUUAGAUAAAUUUCAAACAGAGCCAACUAUAACCGGAUUAGAUAUAAUAACAGAAAAUGUUAAUAUUGAAUUUCCUCAAAUCUUUGUUUGCUUCGACUGGUUUCAUUUGAAUCAUUCGGACAUACCUGAGGGUGAAAUAUAUAUAUACGAAAAAUUGUACAAUUGGAUUUUUGAAAAACGUAUCGAUGUAAAAUCGUUCCCUCUCACUUACAAAAACAAAAACAAUUUUCGUAAAACUUUUGAAGCAAUGGGACCUGAUUGUGAUCUUUUAAUUAGUGACUGCGUAUACAAGGGAAUAAAUAUAUCAUGUAACGCACUAUUUGUAAAAGUACAUACGGCUGUGGGUAUUUGCUGUAAAUCUAAAUAUUUAGAGCCACUUAAAAUUCUUGAUCAUCUAAGGAGUUUUGAAUUUAGGAUGUUCAGUUCAAGUUAUCCUUUAAGAGUUUACUAUACGCAACAAAAUGUUACGAGUCCAAGUCCAGGUGAAAGAGCCCUAGUAAAAGCACAUUUUCCUAUAGAUAUUGAAUUUAUUGUUCAUAUAACGUAUACAACUCCCGAUAUUCGUUAUUUGUCUCUUCGACAACGAAAAUGUUAUACUAAGCAAGAUAUAAAUUUUGUCAAUUUUAAUGAUUGUGAAAUGAAAUGUUUGAUCGAUAAGAUAUUUAAAUAUUGUAAGUGUUUACCAUGGUUUCUAUCGUUCGAUGGUAAAACAGAAUGCCCACUUUCAAAGUAUUCCUGUUUCAAUAACGUUAAAAUCGAUAUAACUCAAUGUAACUGUUGGCUAUCUUGCGACCAUGCGUCAUAUAGCGUAACGCAAAUACAAAAUUCUUCUAAAAAUACGAAUCGAGUUAUGUUGAGAAAAUGGCCAACAGCUCUCUACAAGAGAGAAGUACGAUUUGGUUAUUUAGAUUUACUUGUAUCGUUCGGUGGUAUUGCAGGUCUCUUUCUAGGAUAUUCUUUAUUUGUAUCUAUCGAAAUUGGAUAUUAUUUUACUCUUAGAACUUAUUGUGGAGCUGUAAUUCAAUCAUCUCGGGAACAGUACAAUAUCAUGACUGUUCAUGUUGUGGAAAAAAUUCCACAGAAAGCAGAUACUAAUCAAAAAUAUUAUUUGUAUAUUGAUUAA